AGCCCGCCCGCCCAUUGCCCUCCUCCGCGAGGGGGCUGCUGGGAGUUGUAGUAGAGGGGCAGCGAGAAGAUGGCGACCAAGAUCAACGUAGUGCUGCGGCCGGUGAAGAGCAUCGUGGUGCGCUUCUGCCCCUUCGAGUCCAACGUGGAGAGCACCAGAAAAUUUCUUGAAUGUAUAAGCCGUAAAAAAAUACAAGCCACCAACAGGAACUGCGAGGUGACUGCGGAUGUGAGACACGAUGGGUCUGAACCACUUGUCGAUGUUAUGUUUGCUGAUGGAGAUCGAUUGAUAAUGAAAGGAGCCAACCUGACGACAGUAGAAAUGUUAACAGCAUUGGGGUCCAGAUGCAAUAUAAAAGAGCUUAAGGCAGAACAGAAAAGCAAGAAGAAGAAUCCCUGAAGAACAGAACAAUGACUGUGUUUGCAUUUACAUGUGUUAAAACAGAAAAGUGUACAGAAGGAUUUAUCCAAAGCAACAAAUUCCAAGAGAGAUGGCUGAAACACUGACCAGGUUAACAUAGAGCAGAAUGAACUAUUUAAAUGUUCUCCUGUCAUCCAUGAAAUGACGGCAUAAUGCAUCGACAGAUCAUCAUCUACUAGUGGAUCAGAGUGACUCAAGAUGCAUGAAUGCGUUUUUCUAAGCACCAGCCUCUGUCAUCUGCAUGUUGGACUAAUAUCACAUGUAUUUGUGAAUUUUUAAUGAAUAAUUAUGAAUUAGUUAAUAAAUACUAAAGUGAAGACGGGUCUGUCUAGAUGUUACUUCCAACAAUUUUUCUAUGUGUUGAAACAACAAAUAUUACAGCAGUUCUCAUUUGUGAAAAUUAUUAAAUAUAAAUAUCUGAAGAAGACUUAAAAGUAAUCAUCAUUGAUGUAGCUGAGGAACUGCAAGCUGCAAAUACAGAGUAGAUUUUCUGAUACUCCAUUUAUAUUACCUCUGUUGUUAAGUCCCUGUCAUUUUCUUCUUUUUCAAGAAAGUGUGAGAUUUGCUAAACGUAAAUUUAGCUCAGCAAUUAGAGUAACAAGGUAAUGGGACUGUGAACACACAGUAGAGCUACUCAUCCUGCAUAAAAGUAGCGAAGUCUAGCUCAAAGGGAAACAUAAGUUAGUGUUUUUGAUAAUUGGAGGAAAGGUCUAUCUUUGAAGUUCAGUUUUGUAAUAUUUUUGUCACUCAGUUGUGGGAGAUUUCAUUAAAUAUUUUACAAAGAUCAAA